CCUAACCUGCCAAUUUGAAAAGUCCAUGACAAAGUCAAUUCGAUCACGGAGCUUUUACCUCACUGUUUCUCCACUUGUCUCUCCUUCCAUACCAUCUCAUCAGCUUAAUCAGUUCUGUCUCUGACACUCUGUGUAACCACUUUUCAGAUAUGGCUUCUUCUUCCACCUCUGUCUUUGCAUUGCUUGUCAUAUUUUCCAUCCUUGUUCUUCAACCAGUCACUGCUGAUCCAUUAGAUAAUUUGUGUAAAGAAGUGGAAUGUGGAAAAGGAACUUGCAAGCCUUCGAGUAAUAGCACUUUCUUUUUUGAAUGUGAAUGUGAUCCUGGGUGGAAGCAGACUUCUUCUAACCACACUGAUCACUUCAAAUUCCUCCCUUGCGUCAUUCCCAAUUGUAAUCUGGAUUUUUCCUGCACAAAAGCUCCAGCCCCUAUUUCAGAUAAUGCGAGCAAAGCCAACGAGUCAUCAAUCUUUAAUCCUUGCUUUUGGGCGUAUUGUGGAGGCGGCUCAUGCAACAAGACAUCAAGAUUCACAUACAGCUGCAAAUGUGCUGACGGUUAUUCUAAUCUUCUUAAUGUCACUACUUUCCCUUGCUUUGAAGAAUGUGCAAUUGGACUGAACUGUGCAAACCUUGGGAUUUUAAUGUCGAAUAAGUCUACUGCUUCACCGCCAGCAUUAUCUGGCAGUGGUAAGAAUCAAGCUAGCUCGAUGGUCCAAGUGAACUCUGCUGCAUUUGUGAUUCUGAUGAUGUUUGCUGCUAUGAUUCAUUGGAAAUAAAAGGAGUUGUUCCAGCCUAUUUUUUGCACACCUUUGAAUACGUGGUUGAUCACUGCAGUAUUUAUUUGAUAUCACGCUCCCACCUUUCGUUAACUCUCACAUUUGCACAUCUAUUUUUCUGUGCGAUGAGCAAGCUGCCGCAUAUAUUCACGGAGGUGCUCAUCGCAUUCCUAUACUUGUUUUUCACCAAUAGAAAGAGUGAAGAGGAUUUUUGGUUGAUUUGUACAUAAUAAUGCUCUAGUAACCUUGUUCACCAUGUAAUUGUUCUCUCUUUACUUUUC